AUGGGUGUCUCUCCAAAAUGGGUUUCUUUUCUUUUGGUUUUCUUGUGCAUUGUUCUUCAUUUGAGUGCAAUCACUCUUGGUGAUGACAAACUUGACAAAACUAGAUUUCGUGAAGAUAACUGUGGGUUCGGUCGUAGAGGGUGUGGUGGCCGUUUUGGUGGUGGACGUGGUGGAGGACUAGGAGGUGGAGGUGGUGGUGGUGGUGGAGCUGGAGGAGGUGUUGGUGGUGGGUCAGGUCAUGGUGGAGGAUUUGGAGCUGGAGGUGGAGUAGGUGGUGGUCUUGGAGGUGGUGCAGGAGGCGGCGGUGGCGGUGGUGGAGGAGGAGGAGGUGGUGGUGGUGUAGGUGGAGGUUCAGGUCAUGGAGGGGGCUUUGGAGCUGGAGGUGGUGUAGGUGGUGGUGCUGGAGGUGGUGGUGGAGGAGGCGGAGGAGGUGGUGGAGGUGGCGGUACUGGUGGUGGUUCAGGCCAUGGUGGAGGCUUUGGAGCUGGUGGUGGUGUAGGCGGUGGUCUUGGAGGUGGUGCAGGAGGAGGGGGUGGUGGCGGUGGAGGAGGAGGAGGCGGGGGAGGUGGAGGGUCAGGCCAUGGAGGUGGCUUUGGUGCAGGUGGAGGUUUAGGAGGCGGCCGUGGCGGUGGAGCUGGUGGAGGAUUUGGAGUUGGAAUUGGCAUUGGAGCAGGAGUUGGAGUUGGUGCUGGUGCUGGUGCUGGCCAGGGAUCUGGAAGUGGUUCUGGCCGCGGCAGUGGCAGUGGUAGUUUUAUGAAAAAUGUUGCUCUUUGUCCACUCAGGCUUGGGAGCUCAAGAAGCUACUCCACUGAUAUUUCAAAUGAGGUCGGUAGCAACACAAGUGAAAGCCCCCCGCAAGCACGACAGAUGAUGGUUCACAAAAAGUGGGUGGAGAAGAACAAAAGCCGACAUCAUUUUAGAGGUGGCUCUCUUAUAAACACUCUACUGGCAAAUGGUGACAAAACAGCACUCAGAAAACUAGUUACCGAGAAAAUGUACUCCGAACUCAAAAAUGAAAUUAAACAAAGAGAAUCUGCAUGGAAUAUGAGCAAGCUUUAUUGGGAGAUGAUUGAACCAGCUGUUCUAAUUGGUGUUGAUAAGAGCGACCUCAAUAAAGUUUUUAUACAGCUGACACUUGAGAUCAAGACAAAGCAGAAGUUCGAAGCAUAUGAUUCUAAGGGAGCCAGAGUUGCAGGAGAUAAAAAUAAGGAGUGUUGUCCACGAAAAGGAAAUAUCUUAGGAGGCAUUACUACAUCAUGGAGAUCAGAGACAGGAAUUGGUAAAUCUUGA